AUGGUUCUACAACGAAACAGUUUGAAGCCGGCGACCGAGCAAACACCGUUAGAGAAAAGCAGCGCCAUUUUUCAACUCUGUCCAAUCUUGGACGAUCAGGGCAUUCUUCGAGUGGACAGUAGAAUUGGAGCGGCUCCAAACUUCGAUAGGGAAGCAAAGUUCCCGGUUAUCCUUCCAAGAAAACAUGCGCUGACUACUCUACUGCUAGAUAACUACCAUCGUAAAUACCGUCAUGGGAAUACCGAAACAGUAGUCAACGAAGUCCGUCAACGAUACUACGUUCCACGACUCCGGACGGCGGUAAGCAGUAUGGCCAAGACUUGUCAGUGGUGUCGAGUCUACAAGUGUUCAUCGAAGAUUCCUCGCAUGGCACCGUUACCGCUGGCUCGGAUGGCCUCCUUUGUAAAACCCUUUACGUACACGGGUCUGGACUUCUUUGGACCGCUGACAGUGAAGAUCGGAAGGAGCAACGCGAAACGCUGGAUUGCUGUAUUCACGUGCCUAACAAUAAGAGCGGUGCACGUGGAAGUGGCGCAUAAUUUGACCACGGACUCUUGCAUCAAAUGUAUCCGACGGUUCGUCUGCCGCAGAGGAGCGCCGGCCGAAAUCUACUCGGACAACGGCACAAAUUUCCUGGGUGCCGCUAGACUGUUGAAGGAGCAAGUAGAGCAACUAGCCGUCACUUUCACGGGAACUGCUACCAUGUGGGUGUUUAACCCGCCUGGCACUCCGCACAUGGGCGGGGCAUGGGAGCGGAUGCUUCGCUCCAUCAAAGUUGCUGCUGAGACGGCGUACAACAACAGCCGCAAGCUGGACGACGAAGCGUUGGUCACCUUUAUGGUGGAGGCCGAAUCGAUAGUGAACAGCCGACCUCUAACCUAUCUACCGUUGACGUCGGAAGAAAACGAGGCAAUAACACCGAACCACUUCCUGCUCGGCAACUCAAGCGAAGUCCGGCAGCCGAUAGCUGAAGCAACAGAUCCAGCCGAAGCUUUAAGAUCGUCGUGGCAUCAGCUGCAGCAUCAGCUAGACGUAUUCUGGAGAAGGUGGAUAAGGGAGUACCUACCCACGCUGACUAAGCGACCGAAGUGGUGUGGCGAGGUGGAUCCUAUAGCUGAAGGACACACUGACAACAACAUCACCGGUUCCAUCAACAUACGGAGUUGCAACUGUGCAAACAUGGAACUAUACGUCGUCGUACGCACUGUGACGGAAUGCUUUCCGUUCCGACUCGGUAGCUGCAUCUUUUUGAUCAGUAAACCAUGCAGCUACUCUCUGCAUCUGGCUACAUCUUCCCCCAUUAGCAGUAUUAGCCCGGGAAAGGAUCUGGCCAUGAUGUUGGUAGAUGCGUCCGUCGUCGUUUGUCCGUCACUAUCACUGACUGUGGAGCGGCAUUCGUCAGCCAGCAUCUCACUGUGCGAUUGUAGGGACAGGGAGAUGAGUUAG